AUGUACCAAAAAAUAUUGGUUUCAAUCAUACUUUUGGCGAGUUUAGGACUUGGAGCAGAAUUAAAGAGUUGCUCUCUCCCUACCACCAACGAUGGCAAUUUCGAAACUGCGGCUCCAGAAGAGGUCGGCCUAACACCACUACAAGUUGACGAAGCAUUGGCAUAUGCAAGCCUUCACGGGCGCUCAUCCGUUCAAAUCUUUCGCAAUAAUUGCCUAGUGGGUCGAGGACCAGCAGAUCCGAUCACAGACUCGAUACCAGCUCAGGUCUGGUCAGUCACCAAAUCCGUGGUCGGGAUGCUUGCCGGCAUGGCCAUCGCAGAUGGAAAGCUCGAUAUUGAUCGUCACAUUGGUGACUACCUACCCGACGAACCAGGCUGGGGCGAUGAAGCCCACCGAGCUAUCACUGUCCGAGACAUUUUAACCGAAACAUCCGGGACUCAGGAGGCUAUAAUCGCUGAAGCUGCGACCGUAGUAACCGAUCCUAGCGUUAUGCAAGAAUUCUUAGCCCAGAAGAUUACUCAUCCGCCAGGGACGCAUUUCGAGUAUGGACAGCGUGAUGCGGAUGCCGCGGCUUACAUUGUCCAAAGUGCUCUGGGCCGUGAUCUCCAGGACUAUGCCCAGGAACGGCUGUUUGGCCCAUUGGGUAUCGAGAAAUCGUCUUACUUCUGGCUACGAGACCGAUCUGGAAAUACCUAUGGUUACGCCUGGCUAUUCAUUGCGCCAAAGUUUCUCGCACGCCUAGGACUUAUGAUGCAAAAUGGGGGGCAGUAUGGUGGUCAACAAGUUGUGCCUUUUGAAUGGGUCCAGGCUGUGGCUACUCCCUCGUCAAGGAACCCCUGCUACGGAUACCUAUUCUGGAAUAAUCGUGGCAAACCAUGCACUGGCGCAAAUAUUCCAGUGGCUACUACAAUCCAGCAGACAAGUAUCGCGAGUUCUCCACAUGAUCUAUUUGCCAUGGUGGGAGCUUUGCAGCAGAACAAUUUCAUGAUUCCCUCUUUGAAUAUGACAGUCACUUGGACUGGUGUGUUUGGUGAUACAGCACCAAAUUUGUCAGUGCUUCUGAGUGCAACACCUGGUAAUCUUUAUUACGAUUUCUUUCGUAUCCUUAUGCGAGCCGUUUCCGAUCCCAAGGUCCCGGAUGCAGGCCCUUAUGAGUCGCCGCCGCUCAGUCUUGAUAUCAACCCAUUGAAUUAUUUGAACCCAGAGGUCUUGCUUGAUGAUUUGCUCUCAAACCCGGAUUGCAAUAUCCUGGUUUGCAACGGCGGGAUCCCCACGGAAGGCUUAUUUGACAACCUCGAGGCUAUCCUUGGCUACCGGCCGACCUUGUAG